CUCUGCUCGGUCUCCUCUCCGCUCUGCCCCCGCCGAACACACGGAGCCAAAGCGCGGCCAUGGAGGAGCUGAGCGCGGUGGGAGAGCAGGUUUUUGACGCCGAGUGCAUCCUCAACAAACGCCUCAGAAAAGGGAAGUUGGAGUUCUUGGUGAAGUGGCGAGGAUGGUCCGCGAAACACAACAGCUGGGAGCCUCAGGAAAACAUCCUGGACCCUCGACUCCUGGCGGCGUUCAACAAGAAGGAGCAGGAGAGAGAGAUGAUGAUGAGAAAUCGGGGGAAGAGACCCAGAGGACGACCACGGAAAAUACUGGAGAAUCUUCCAGAACCAGAACCAAAGUCCAGCAGCUCUUCCGGCUCUGGCUCCGGUUCCUCCUCCUCCUCUGACUCCUCCUCCUCGUGCUCCUCCUCUUCCUCCUCUGAAGAUGAAGAUGACCAGGAACCGAGCCAGCAGCCCCCCGUCCGAACCCUUCACCCCGUGCCGCAAAAGAAAGCCCAAAUCGUCAUGGCAAAACCCGACCCGCCCAGAAAACGAGGGCGGAAACCGAUGCCACCUGAGCUGAAAGAGUACCACAACAAAGCCAAAAGACCAAACCUCAAGGAAUUGGAAGUUCCAGGCGCUAUCAAGAAACCCGUCCACCCAGCGAGCUUCACGUUCAUGGGUUUUCAUCGCAACAUCAGCACCUUAAACAGGAGCCCGGUUGGUCAAGGCGUGACGAAAUCUGCGCAAGCUCAGAGCAACCUCGCGGCGAACAAGGCAAACCAAACCAAAACCGAAGCGAAGCUCACGGGGGCAAGCGCCAGCAGUCUGGAUUUGAAAAUGCCGGCGGCCACCAAGUCGAAAGGAGUCGCGGCGUUGAACCUGAACACGACGAAGCAUCAAGGGACCACGCAGCACACGCUAAGUCCGCCGAGUGUUGCCAAGAAACCGCAAACUAGCAUCGCGAGCAUGCAAAGGACACCCAACGCGAAAUCCGUAGCAGCUUUGCCGUCCAAAAACGGUCCGUCGGGAGGUCAAGCGUCAAACCAGCAACCGUUAAACCUUCAGAAUGCUAAAACAAAAGAUUUGCACGUCAACGGAGUUAUGCAGACGUCGGGGCUGAAAAGUCCCACCGCGCCGAUUCGGAAAACUCAAGAUUACAUGUCGCCCAAAAGCCCGGGAACGGCACUGCAGAAUCGCCAGGAUAAAAACAGCAUGAAAGAGCUAGCGGAGAUGAAGAAUUCCAGAAACGCCGUGCACAAAGCGAACAGCGAGGUUUCCAAAGAUGGGAAAAAGGUGAACGAGCUGAGCGCGGGAGAGGAGGGGAGCACUUCUGAGUCGGAUACGGAUUUCGGAGGCCAGAUUAUGACGAACAACGACUGGAAACCGCCCAGGAGUUUGAUCGAACACGUUUUCGUCACCGAUGUCACAGCGAAUCUGGUCACGGUGACGGUGAAGGAAUCGCCGACCAGCGUGGGGUUUUUCAGCAUCCGAAACUACUGAGAUUUUGGACUUUGAACACUGCAAAAAAUUAAAGGAAGACAUGAGGUGGAAUGACUUGAAAUCAGAAUAAUGAUCUUGAUUUAAUUUGAGUAGUUUUGACUUAAAGAUGGAGAAUUUAUUUAUUUAUUAUAUUAAAUCGACUUUUUGGAGCUUUUUUACUAUGUUAGAACGUUCUCUCACUAAAAACAUCCAUGAAACUUAACAAUUUAAUACGUUAUCAUUUAAUUUGUUAAAUGAAUACGUUGUUUUCAGUGAAUAUAACGUUUAAAAAACAAUAAAAGGUAACAUGGUGAUCUAAAUAUGUUAUACAUUAGCAAUACUACAGAAGUGUAAUACCCCCUCUUAAAUUUGUAGAUGUUUCAUUAUAUAAAAAAACAAAACAAAAAAAAUUAGCCAGCCACCUGCUUGUCUCCAUGGAAUGUUCCACAAUAUGGCAUUAAACGUGAAAGUUUUGCUUGAUUCCAGUUACAUGGGAUUUUAUUGCAUCUAUUCUUACUCUGGGGUUGCCUCUCCACAGAUCUGACCUGUAAUCUGGCGUAAUGGCUACAGUGUUUGUCUCUAUAGGAAUAGAUAAGUUUAGUUUUAUUUAAAUGAUUAUUUAAAAAAGGUAAACACAGCCUCACCUGAAGUUUUGACAGUUUUAAUCUAAUAAUUUAUUGAAUUGCAGGUGUUUGAUUCCGUGUUCCAGUCUAAAUUUAUGUGUAGAGCACAUUUUUAUAAACAAGACAGUUUCCAAAGUGGUUUUAACUUUAAAAAAUCAGCAGAAUUAGGUUCCAAACAAGAAGAACUAAUAGAAUUAAUAGAUAAAAUAUUAAUAGUAAUAAAAUCAAUGAACAAAAAUGAUAAAAGCCGUAAACAAAAGCCGUACUAAAAAAUUUGAAUCCUCCACAGGUGAGAUCAUUUUAUCAGUAAAGCGCUAAUAUCUCCAUGGAAACAAGCAAGUGGUGUACCCCCCAUGAGAAAUGUUACAUAGUGCCUCUUUAAAACAUUCAUCAUUAGACCUAAAUAGAGCUGAAAAUAGUCAAAACUACUCAAAAAAGAUGAAUAUUCUGAGCUGAAGUCAUUUCACUCCAGUCGGGGUUUUUUGUGGUGCUGCGGCUGUUGGAUCCAUGGAUGGGGAAGAAACAACUUUGCGCUUCUUUUAGUCAAACCAUUUUUAGUUAAAGGACUUUUAUUUAUUUGUUAUUUUGAGUUUAAAUGUGGUCAUAUGGACGCUCAGAGGCCCAGACCUCACAAUGGAAAUUAUAAAGGACUGAAAGAGACUGAAAAAGACUGUAUUUAGAAGGAAGUGAAGAGGGAGGAGACGGUCACCGGAUAAAAUGCUGCUUUUCUACAAGUUUGCUACGUCAAUUUGAGGUGUUUGCACAGUAUUGGAUAGAGAGUUGGCAGUUCAAUUCCCACUUCUGAUGCUGUAAGACACUUUACCCACCUCGCUUGUGUCAAUAUAUGAUUUCUGUUUCUCUGUAGGGCUGUAGAUCUUUAGUUGUUCACUCGAUUUACUCAACGAUGGUGUCUUAAUGAACCAAAAUUAGUUUAGUUUAUCAUUUUCAUUAUAAGGAAUUAUUUGGGACAACAGCAGAAAGGAGAAGUGAGCGUGUGAGAUGAAAAUUUUGCAUUUUUUGGUGUUUUAAAGGUAAAAAAGGCAGAUUAAACUCACAAUUCACAGAUUUCUUUAUAUAAAUAUAUAGAAUCCUAGUACUUGGGGGGUACAAAUGUCAGUAAUGCGUGUUACAAAGCUUUGUGAACUUGUUUUGAAGUGAUGGGUUUUUUGUUUUUUCUUCAUACAAAUUCGCUAAAAUUACGGCAAUAUCAGCAGUGGUGAAGCGCCGGAGAUGCGCACGUGUAAACCGUUACGUAACCGCGAGCGAAAGGACCGACGCAGAACUCCACACUCCACAGCUCGAACCACAGCUGACGCCCGAUUGCGCCCUGCAGACACCCUGUUCCACGAACUCGGGGUUCUCUCAGGGGCGGAACUAGAUUCCAAGUUCUAGUCCUGGUUUAGUCCUGUUUCAGCCCUGGUUCAGCUCUGGUUUAGUCCUAGUUUAGUCCUCGGUUUAAUCUUCGGUUUAGUCCUGGUUUAGUCCUCGGUUCAGUCCUGGUUUAGUCCUCAGUUUAGUCCUCGGUUCAGUCCUGCUUUAGUCCUCAGUUUAGUCCUCGGUUCAGUCCUGCUUUAGACCUGGUUUAGUCCUUUGUUCUGUCCUGGUUUAGUCCUGGUUUGGUCCUGGUUCAGCCCUGGUUUAGUCCUAGUUUAUACCUAUUUUAGUCCUGGUUCAGUCCUGAUUUACACAGAAAUACAUAAUAGUUUUGAGAAUUUUACUACCAACUUCAGCCCUACAAAUCAAAAAGACUUCCUGAUCAGAUCUUCAGCGCCAUAAUUUCAGCUUCAUUUGGUUUAAUUCUUAAUCAAACACAGAUCAAAUGUUAAACAAUAUUACCAUAACUUUGAAUGAUUAUAGACAAGGUAAGUGAAGUGUCAUGCUCAAGGAAACAAAAACAAUUGUACAAAGUGGAGUGGAAAUUGAACUGCUAACUUUUUCAUAUGUAAGCAAACAUUAUUAAAAAAAAUUUUUUUGGGGGGGGGGUUUUCAUCUAGAGUUUUGAACAAAAUCUUAAGUUGAAUUGUACUUCUUAUCUGCGAACACAAGAUGGCAGCAUUUUAUUUUGGUGAGUGGCUGUAAUUAUUAACAUAUUAUAUUCUUUACUAACAUUAAGAGAAGUUAGGGAGCUGUUUUACCUUUAGCUCCAGUCAUGUCUUUGUUGUGAAUCAUAUCGAACAGUAGCCUAGUUUUAUAGUGACAUUUAUUUUGUAAUACUCAAAAUUUAGCUACCUCUUUUGUAUCCAAACUUUCUAUGUCUACUCUUGUUUUGAAGGGACUAAAACUGUUUCCUUUCAGGGUAUAUGACAUGAUAAUCUUGAGUUUUAUUCUGAAAAUCUGCUGUAUUUGUGUUCAUGUUUGGACAACUCAGUAAGAUGUAAGGCGCUAUAAACGAAAAGCUUUUUUUUUUCCAUAUUUUGAUCAUGUUUUUGUCAGGUAUUUGGUCAUUUGUUCUCAUAACCUGUGUGUUCUUUACAUUGAGGGAGCGAGACUCUGGUGUGGUCCAUGUCUAAAUCGCAAAACUGAAUAUUUUUGUAGCCACGUUCUACCACGGUUUUGUGCAGAAACUAUAGAAGUUGCAUAUUUUUGAAAAUCUGUCAAUAAAUGUGUUCAAAUCAUGAUCUAAAA